AUGGAGCUGGACGGGGCCUUCAGCGCCGCGGGGGAGUUCGGCCGCUGCCAGCAGCGCCUGACGGCCUUCCUGGUGCUGCUCCAGGUGUAUGUGGCCUGCCAGUCUGUGCUCAUCGUGUUGGUGGGUGCGGUGCCAGAGUAUCAUAUCAACCAGGAAGAGAGUUCUACUAGCCAAGAAGAACUUGCCAAACAUGUCCAAUUUGCAGAUAACUUUACAUCUAUAGUAACUGAGUGGUGCUUAAUCAAGCAUGAAGCAUAUAAAGUGAGCCUGGUGUCAUCCUUAUUCUUUGUUGGUUUGUUGAUUGGAAAUAUCACCUUUGGCCCAUUGUCUGACAAAUUUGGCCGGAAGCCUGUAUUUUUGACAGGUCUCCUUUUUGAUGUCAUCUUUGGUUAUAUUUCGGCAUUUGCUCCAAGUUAUGGAGUGUUUGCCUUGUCACGCCUUGGUGUUGGAGUGAUGAAUGGUGGAAUGUCAUUAGUGUCUUUCGUUUUGACCCAAGAGUAUGUGGGAAAAACAUUUUGGGCAUUAACAGGUUCAUUAACAAAUAUGACAUUCGCGGUGGGCAUAGCAUUCUACGCCGUACUGGGUUACUGCAUAAGGGAUUGGCGGACCUUGACAAUUGUUUCAAAUUCUCCUGGAGUUUUAUUCUUCCUACUCUCACUUUUGCUUCCUGAAUCACCAAGAUGGCUGUAUUCCCAAGGGGACAUGGAAAAAGCAGAGGAGGUGCUGCAGUACAUAGCCCACGGUAAUGGAAAUGAAAGAUUGAGGAUAAAAUUGAAACCAUGUGUGGAAACUAUCAAAAUACAUGACUCAGCACUGGGUGUCCUAAAUCUAGUGAAACAUCCAGUCCUCUGUUGGCGAACUGUCAUCUUGAUGUAUAUCUGGUAUGUCUGCAGUCUGGUGUAUUAUGGUCUUACCCUGAAUGCUGGUGAGCUAAAAGGAAAUUUGUAUAUAAAUAUAGCUCUUUAUGGCCUUGUGGAAGUCCCAGCAUUCCCUCUCUGCAUAUUCUUUAUUGAGAAGUCCUGGGCAGGAAGACAAAAAACCACUGCCACUUUUCUCACUUUUGCUGGAUUUGCCUGCAUAUUUUCCACAUUUUUACCUGAGAACUCAGAUUUUCUUGUCAGCCCCACGUGGUUAGCCUUGGGUGGAAAAUUGACUGUGAGUGCUGCCUUCAACAUUGUCUACAUUUAUACAUCUGAGCUCUACCCCACAGUAAUAAGGAAUGCUGGCCUAGGUGUCUGUUCAAUGGCUUGCAGAUUUGGUGGGAUUUUGGCUCCUUUUAUACCAUCUAUGAAAUCCUUUAACCCAAUGGUACCAUUUCUGGUGUUUGGAAUUAGUGGAUUAUCAGCUGGAGUUUUGGUUCUGCUUCUACCAGAAACUCUAAAUAAACCAAUUAUAGAGAACUUUGAAGACCUCUGACAACUGAGUACUUGAAAGAUAAGGCAAUUGCAAUAACAGAGUGAUGUAAAUAAACUCUCGAAUAUAAAAUGGCCGAACACUAAGGCAUCUUCCAGGAGAAAUUUUCAUAAGAAAGCUGCAGAGGCAUUUAGGUGUCUGCUCAGUUUGAAACACCAAUAUCUCAGAAUCUGUAACAGUGGACUUUGGAGAACAAAUGAUAAAGGUAGAUGAGGGCCAAGUUGUCCACAACUUGUAAUAAAUGGCUAAAUGUAAGCUGAAAGGUGAUGGGCAAAUUUGGUUCAGAGAUUUAUCGUUAACAAUGUAAGAAUGCAAGCAAGCCAUGGUUUUAUAGGGUGAGACCAGUGGGCCAUCCAGCCUAACAUUCCAUGGUACCAAAAAAUGCUUGGAGGGAUAAUGUGAUUAGUGUUAUUUUUGACAUCUCCUCAUUGAAGAACAUUUUAUUUUCAAGAUAAUUGGGGUUCUGGAGUCAAUUUAAAGAAAUGCAUCAUUGUAUGGAAUAUUAUUUUGUAAAUCCAUUAAUUGGAGGACUUUAUUUGGUUUAUUAUCAGACUGUAUCAGUCAGGGCUAGUUCUUAGUGUACAUAAUUGCAUUAUAAAUACUUCUAUACAUAUUUAGGAUGAUCCUUUCAUUCGUUUGGAAAUACAGAGCAAUCUUACAAUAUAAUGGCCAAAGACUUUUAAACCGGGAGUAAAUAAAGGAGCAGUUGAGUGAAACCAAUGAUGAAACUCAAAGAAUGAAAAAGAAGUAUAUUUAAGUUGUUUUUUCAAUUAGUGAGUGGCAUAGUUUAACUGUACACUUCUUUUAAUUUUUU